GUGGGCGAUCGAAUGCCGAUACGUUUUCCUUGGAUCCAAAACAGUUUGUGCUGUGCUAUUCAUAUUUGAUAGUUUGCUGUUAACUAUCCAAGUAUUUGUUGCCUUUCGCUUUGUGGUUUCCGACUGUUACAAGCACACACUGUUUAUGGGUGCCAACAAGAGGAUUAUUGUCGGUAGAGAUGGAAAGAGAGAUAACUAAACCGGAAAUCAACAACGUUUACGUUUGUUACUGACCUGGGGCAACAAAACCAAUGUUAACUACGUGUUAAGUCUACAGUGAUAAGAAUCUAAAUUUGAAUUACACAACAGGUACAUAUUUUACCGACAUCUGAAGAUUCUCAUUCGACAUCCACUUUACCAACAGGAUGCCAAACACAAUAUCCGGUACAUUUCGUAGGAUGACUUGAAUGAACCAAUACCACGUCAAAAGACAUGCACUUGAUGUGCUAUUAGUCUGCUAAUGGAUUCUUUAAAUACAUUCAGCUUGUGGUAAGCAUUAGGUAGAGCACCUAUAUAAAGAGGCAGCUGGAACAGUAAGGAACACCAUCAGCUCUUGGUUGCUUCAUUGAAGUCACAGCAAUUGCCACAGCAAGUAUCUCUAAAUUCCAAUUUUCUGAAAAUGAUGUUUCAUCGUCCUUCACUGAUGACUAUUCUGGCUGUUUCUUUCCUGUGCCUUUGGCUGGGAUCAAAAGUUUCAGCAUCACCCAUCUUGUUACCGACCAACGAAGAAGAUGACCACUCUAUUGUCCCAGUCGAUACCGUCAAUCAAAAUGUUACGAUCGAAGAUUUUGAGCUCGGAGAGCCAUUCAAUGACGAUGAAUUGAGUGGCAACAUUUCCAGCAAAGUUCCUUCUGGAUCGUUAUCGGGAAAGUGGAGCAAUCGAAUCCGUGACGAGCUGUUGAAGAAACUGGCCGGUGGAGACAUCAUGACCCUCGAUCUCGAUGAUAACAAAAAUACUGUCGUGGAUCGCAACAGUCUUUGGCCAGGUGCCCAAGUUCCUUACGUCAUCUCCGCAAGUUACACUCCCGAACAGCGACGAGUUCUCGGCUACGCAAUCAGCGAAUUCCAUUCGAAAACUUGCAUUCGUUUCGUUCCACGGACCACCCAACGCAAUUACAUUUACAUCCGGCGAGAUCUCAAUGUUGGAUGCUGGAGCUACGUGGGUAUGAACGGCAACGGUCCGCAAGAUGUUAGCCUGCCCGACUAUUGCGUCAGUUACAAUUAUCCUGGAUCUGUCAUGCACGAAUUGAUGCACGCCAUUGGUUUCCAACACGAACACCAACGUCCCGAUCAGCAGUAUUACAUCACCAUUAACUAUCCCAAUAUACGUCCAGACAAUCGCCAGUUCUUCAACCCGAUGAAAACGACUGAGGUCAACACUUUGGGCCUGCCUUAUGACAUUAAAUCCGUCAUGCAUUACCCGAGUUCGUUCAUGGCCAAUAAUCCAUCUAUUCCGACUAUGAUGGCCAGAAACGGCGAGUUGAAUUUGGGGAAUUUGAAGGGAUUCACUCAGUUGGACGUCCAGAAAAUUAACAAGCUGUACAACUGCUAUUCCGGCUAAAAGGUGGAUGUUUCGUCCGGUGGAAUAACACGUUGCAACUUAAAUCAUUGUAGACAAGUCUGUGACAGUAAUGGCUAGUGUUAAGUGUAGUUGACUAGAUCAAUACAUUUCAGAAAAAUCUA